GCAUUUUGAAUGAAAAGAAGUAAAAUAAUUUCUUCUUAGUCAAAAAAACUGUUCAUGCGAUGCUUUCACGUUAACCAUUUAAAUGUGUAUAAGUAAUCACAGACAAUGUUACUUCUUCAUCUCUUUUCCUUCGCCUUCUGUCCCACCUAUAAACGAACCGCAACCGAUUACUAAACCAAUUGACUAUCAGCUGUAGUUCUUGAACUUGAACCUCCAACACCGUUCAAUAUGCAGCGUUUUACUUGGAUAUUCCAAACGUGUGCAUUUAUUAUAUUUUUUGUGAUAUAUUUGUGUCAGUGUAGAUAUAUACUUCCUGAAGUACCAGAAGUAAUGUAUCCACCAAUUCCAGAUGAAGCUUCACAAAAUAUAACAAUAACUGAUGAAGAUGACAUGGACGAUCAAGAUCCGGAAGUAACUCCCGGGCUAUUUCAAGGUGAUAUGGCAAUGACAAAUGAGAUUUAUAGUCAAUGGAGAGUUGGUCUUAAUUGGGAUACGUUUCCGGAUAAAUUAUGGAGAAAUGGAAUCGUACCGUACGUUAUAAGUCCUUUGUAUGAUCCAUCUGAUUACGUAACAAUUUAUAAAGCUUUAAAAACAAUAAAUUACAUGUCCUGCGUUAAAUUUGUACCGUGGAAUGGAAAAUCGAAAGAUUAUUUAUUGAUUUGGCCGAUUCAAUAUCCCAGAGGUUGUUGGUCUUUUGUUGGAAGAUUUGGUGGUGCUCAAAUUUUAAGUCUUCAACCCCCCGAUCAAAAUAGCUUAAAUUGUUUGGGUUCAGAGGGAAGGCCUAUUCACGAAUUGUUACACGCUUUAGGAAUUUUUCACGAACAAUCCAGGUGGGAUCGAGAUAAAUUCGUUAAAGUACAUGAUACUAAUAUUAUAUCAAAAUUUAAAGGAAACUUUGAUAAACAAAGUUUAGAAAAUACCACGUACAGUUUCGAAUAUGAUUACAACUCCAUAAUGCAUUAUGGUAGAUACUACUUUAGUAAUAAAAAAGGAAAACCCACAUUAACUCCAACGAUGAGUGACGGUGUUAAAAUUGGUCAAAGAACGGCUAUGUCUAAAGGCGACUGUUUGAAAUUGAAUGAUUUAUAUGGUUGUUUAGAUCAAAUGAAGUCACGAAGAAAAUAUUAUAGAAUUUGUCAGUUUAUGGGAUUGUGAUGAU